UAUUUAAGUUGGCUUCUCCUUGUCUUCUCUUCUUUCUUAAUCGAACUCCAUCCAUCCCUUCCUUUCCUCGCACCUCCUUUCUGAUAUUUUUAGUUCUUUGCUUGCUUUCUUUUCUUGGUCUUCUGCCUUUGUUCAUCGAUUGAGUGCUUGGAGGACUGGGCUUUUACAGGUGCAACCAUGGGAGACGUCUCAGUGCUGGUCAAGGAGGAAUGCAUGGACUUGCCCCCCGGCUUUAGAUUUCAUCCCACAGAUGAAGAGAUCAUAACUCACUACCUCUCAGAGAAGGUUAUGAAUCCUGGCUUCACUGCAAGAGCUAUAGGAGAGGUGGAUUUGAACAAGUGUGAGCCUUGGGAUCUUCCAGGCAAGGCUAAGAUGGGAGAGAAGGAAUGGUACUUCUUCUGUAAGAAGGACAGGAAGUACCCUACAGGCGUGAGGACAAAUAGGGCCACAGAGGCUGGGUAUUGGAAGGCCACAGGAAAGGAUAAGGAGAUCUAUAGAGGGAAAGGGAUCCUUGUUGGGAUGAAGAAGACCUUGGUUUUCUACAGGGGAAGAGCUCCCAAAGGAGAGACGACCAACUGGGUCAUGCAUGAAUUCAGACUCGAAGGCAGAACCCAAUACUAUAGCCACCAGAGAACUCCAAAGGAUGAAUGGGCUGUGUGCAGGGUGUUCCAUAAGAGCACAGGAAUCAAGAGAAGCCCGAUGGCAGAGCUUGUGAGGAUGAACUCAUUUGGAGAUGGUAUUAGGGACUCUCUCAUGGAUCCUUCCUGCUUCAGUUCUAACAACAGGCCCAGUUCGAGCUAUACCACUGGUGAAGAUGGUGGCAGUUGUAGAAAGAUUCCGACGAGCAACGCUUUGAUGCCUUCCAACUUCACCAUGUUGGGCUUAGAGGAUCCACAAUACAACAGCCUCAUGGCUAAUGGCUUCCCUAAUACCAACAACCAAGAGGGCACGCCAAUGAACUUCCCAAGAAUCCCUCCUCAAGAUCCCAAUGUCUUGCUUCCAGGAUCAGCGAACUUGGGGUACUUGCACCAGGAUCAAUCCAUCACGAGAACUCUAUCUGGGGCUAAUGAUGUAUCCAAUGGUUUGAGGCGUACUUGCAAGGUUGAGCAGUUCUCAAAUUCAAUGGCCUCACAGGACAUAGGAUUCAGCGGUGAUAUGAACACCGAGACAUCCCCAGCCAUAUCCAAGCAUGAGAUGGGCGGCUACCGAUCCUAUGAUUUUCUCGAUGGUUUAGUUGCUGCUGGACCAGUUCUAGAUUUGGACAAUCUGUGGAAGUACUGAUGAUUCUAGAUUUGGGCUCAUUCCGAGGCCACUCAUGUCGAUUUUUCACAGAAGAGCUCGUCUUUCAGAUAUUCUUUCUUAGAUUUGGACAAUCUGUGCAAAUACCGAAGAUUCUUGAUUUGGUCCAGUUCUUUUCUGUGACAGUUACACUUGUUGAAUCGUGCUUCAUUUGGGUUCAUUCUGAGGCCACUCAUGUCUAUUUUUCAGAAAAGAUCUUGGCUUUCAGAUAUUCUUGCUGUAUAUAUAGACUUCAUAUUGUGCAGUGAUUAAAUCACAGUUUAUAGGGGACUAAUAGAGAGUGAAGACUAAUCUUAAUUCUUUUUCUUUGUUUGAAUUUUAGAGUGGCAUGUAUGCUUUUGAUUUAUAAAAAUAUUUUUAUAUUUGUGA